CGCUGCGCUGCGCUCUCAGGUUCGGCGGCUGCGAUCGCUGUGAGGGGGAAUGCGGAGCACCGCGACUGCGUCCCCGUUGGGGUUGUGGCUGUGGGUGUGUGUUUGGCUGCUUGUAAAAUUCGUCUGUAGGUUUGGGUAGGUGUUUGUAAGCACAGGUGUCCGGGACUUAGCUCUGCAAGCUGUGAGACUCCUGACAGGUGAUGAUGCAGAAGAUAAAAAGGGAAAUGCUAUAGGCUUUGUUUCCUCUGCUGGACUCGGUGUUACCUUGCUGCUGUGUUCGGCAGGUUGAGCAUCACGGUGUUACGUUUCUUGCUUGUGUGAUUGCAGUGAGUGCUUUAAGCUGUGUAUCUGGGAAGCUAAAAACCUACAAGCGAGCUCAGCAAGCAGCACAUCCUCAGAAAGCGUUCCAAAAGAGAACGUCUCCUGGCGGGGAGCAGUCCUGAGCUCUGAGCUGAUUGCUCUGUCUUAAAAUACCAGCUCUGUUAGCCGUCUGUGGGGAGGACUCAUGUAGCAGGUACCUAUGGAAAGCUCUUACAGGUGAGCGAGAGCUGUGAGAAGUGCUUUCUUGAUUUAAACCACAAGCUCGAUGCUGCCCAAUUCUGUAUUGUUGUUUCCAGACGUUUCCCUUUACAGUGAAGCCACUGCUCCAAAACCCUGCUCAUGCAGAUGCUGGUUUGCAUUGGUUAUCCUUAACCCUUCAGGUGGCAGUGGGAGGGGGAUGAACCUCUGGGCUCCAUGAUUCGGAUGAAGUGUCCGAGGAGAGCGGGGUUAUCCCCGAGCCCUGACGUUGCUCAGGAGGCUUCAGUGAGAGCGCAUCGUUCCGCUCGGUGCCCGCAGGUCCGUGAUGCUGGCAGCACGCUGUCCUGAUGCCAUUAAGCCGAUCCAGCUGCCAGCUUCUGCUGAAAGCGGAUCUGAGCUGGCUGCAGUUAAUGGCCGAGGGAAAGGAGAUCGCUCUCUGCUGGAUCAGCUCUCCGGUACUGACUUGCUCAGCAGCCUGGCGGUGUCCAUUGUCGGACGCUUUUAGGGUGUUCUAAGGGCCCUGUGAAACACUUAGCUUUGUCAUAGAUGGGGCUGGGUCUCGUGCCAAGCCCAUCUUCCGCUAAGGAGGAAAAGCCUCCAAGUGAGAAUUGGCUCCAAGUCUCCUGGGUUCCUUUGGUUUCCUCCUGAUGGCUGUCGUUAAUCAUCAGGCCAGGCCCUUUUGAUGAAGCGUGAUGGGCUUUGGGAUGGGUGCAGUGGCUGUGGGGCACCGCUGCUGGCUCACGUGCCGCCCUGGUGGGCUGCAAGGGGAUUAGUGGGAGCUUGUAAGCUUGCAUUUUCUGGUUUUCGUUCUGCUUUUGUGACCGACAGCCUGAGCGAAGCCUUUGAAAUGAAAUGGGACAAGAGCCGCAAGAUGAGAAAGCCUUUACUCAUGUUAAAAACAGCAACAACGACAAAAACAAAAUAUCUAUGGACUUCUCUGCCGGUUAUGAACCUCAUUUGCUGAUGUCUCACCUUGAAUCACGUGCGGUGCGCUGCAGAAUGACCCUGUGCGCACUGUAGAGUCGCUCCCUCGCCGGGUGCCUGUUUGCAGUCUGUGCUUCUGUCUGUCAAACCCAGGUAAUCUGACAGCCAUAGGUAACCUGACAGCCUCUCUGCUGGCUUCUCACUGAAAUUCUCAGGGCUGUGUUCCAUUGGUUGUGCCGAAUGACGUUUAGGAAGGAGCGUGGUCCAGGUACCGUGUGUCAGCCGAGUGCUGAUGGGAGCGGGGCGUCAAACCCAUCUUGGAAAGAUUCCUGCGUGGAAAAAAACACACCACGCCAACCCACGUUGUGAGCGUUUUUGAUAGAUGGCCAAGAAUUCUUUUAUUGUAUUCCACAUCUACAUGCUGGCUUUGUUUUGAGUGAUGAACUUAAAACAGUGAACUUAAAAUAUUUACUUUAGAUGACUUCCGUGAGCCUACUGUUUUUUCGUAGGCAUGUGGACUGGAACACAGCCCUCAAUAGCACUGACAUCUUCAGUUUUGCAAGACUUGUCUGAGGUAAGGAACGGUUACGUUGGUUUGUGCUUGUUGGGUGUGUAGGACAACAGCCUCCCCUGGAAGGAAUUACUAAAUGAUUUAAUUGUAGUGGAAUGCUGUCCCAUUAGGUGCAAAAAAAAAUAACAACCCGAACCCAAGCAUCAAAUGCAAUGGAUCAUUAGAAAUGUAGUGCUUGAUUAAAAGGAUGUGAAGCAACUUUUUAAGGCUUCGGAAUUAGUGCUGCUGGAAUGGCGAGGUUCUGUUUGUGAAUGAUCCUUUUGGGGGUUUCUCUGAGGAAUUAAUUGCUGUGUGUGUGCACUGAAGGCUGCGUUCAGCCCCAGUUUGCCGAUCAGUCAGCGAGCGCAGGGUCAUUACGUUGGUUCUGUUGCUGCUCCCGGUGGCGGGGAGAGCUGAACAAGUCCUGUUUGAAGAGGGAUUUUGGCAGACGUCAUUUAAAAGCAGGAGCAUUGUUAUUCUGUUCCUUUUCAUCAGGGAAUAAAGAUAGUGCUGGCUCAGGGCUUGCUGGAGGAGGAUGCAGCGGAGAGGCAGCUGGCUCUGCAUUGGGCCGUCUUGCUGUGAGGUGAAACACGGCAGUGAGCAACAAGGGCACGUGUGACGUGCUCAUCCUGCCGUGUUUCAUGGGGAGACUGUUGCACCGAUAAUCCCUACAGGCACACACUUGCACUUCAUGUCAGGGGAGCAGACUGGUUCACCACGGCCAUCGCCUCGGAUAAUCUCACCCAGAGAUGCUUCCCCGUGCCUCGGAGGUACGCUCGGAGAUAGCAAGGCGGUGCGGAGCGGAGGUCAGGUCAUGUUUGCUUGCUGCAGAUAAAUCCCUGAAAAAAAGGUUUGUUCUCUACGGGCCUUCUGUGGCUGAGCUCAGUACAGGGGUGUAGGCAGAGCCAGAAAUGCUUGAAAUAGGUCAGGUUGAGGCCAGCUCGUCGUUGGCUGGGGAGCAUGGGGGUUUGCUUGCCAGCUGAAGGUGGUACGCUGCAUGCUGCUAGCUGGGAACUUACUGCUGGUGCAGAAUCUUAAGACUGUGACUGAACCACGAACACAAUGAACUAUCCAAAGGCAAUUCGAGGAGUCUGUAGGUAGGAUUUUCUGAACCAGAAAUAACUUCUUCUGCUGACUGCUUUACCCUCGUCUCGUUCAACUUGAGGCAACUGUGAAAUUCCCUGCAACGCAGGGCCUGUCUGAAGGCUGGUGGUGGUGCUUCUCCAAACACAUAUCUGAGCUCACUGCUACACGCAGUGAUUUGGUUAAGGAAUUUAUUAACCUUCAGCAGUAUUAUUUCUUCUUGCAGGACUGUAAUUGUAGCUCUAGGCAAUAAAUUACCAAGCAAGAUUACUUGCAGCGAUUGCCCAUUACUUACCCCUACCACUCUGUAGAAGUGCUGUGGAUUUGUGUGUGUUGUUUCACGCUCAAAUCCCUUUUUAAUUACAAAAUGGGAACGAAACGCCUGCCUUUGAAAGCAUUGUUUCUGAGCUCAGAUUCACUGUAUGUAUAUGAGCUCACAUUCUGUUCCUAUCCCUCUCCCACCGUUUAUUUCAUUUAAAUACCUCUCCAGAGCCGUCGCUAUUCAGCUACCGGGAACAAUGCGAUGAGCACGAGGGAAAAUAAAUAGAACACCUCCAGUGAAUGGAGGAAGAACAAUGCAAUAAAGGACAAGAAAUGACCAAUGAAGAGCAUACCUACUUGUAGUGCUAAGAAUUCAUCGUUUUAUGUCUUUACUGAAAAGAAGGAUGAUCUGAAAACUGGAGCGGGGAAAGAAAGAGCAUCGUCUGUUGCAGAGCCGCUCGGCUGUUGGGGGUUUUUGUGCUUUGUUAAGGUUUCCUCUUCUGGUUUGCUGCUCAUCAGUGCUGCUCCUUGCAUGUAAGUCCUCAUGCUGCUCUCAUGUUUGGUUUGUCCAGGAAAGUUGGAAGGUGGGAUUAGAGCUGAGGGAGAAGUUUCGUGCAGCUGUUGCUGUGUGAAGGAUGGCCCCGAUGGGAGCUCUCUGGUGCUGAAUAUGGACGACUUUCAGUUAUACAUAAAAAAACUCAUCUAAACCUCGAGUUAAAAGUAGCUCCCUGUCUGAUGCUUGUUGGGAAGAUUGCAAUCUUGUCUCUUGCAUGGUGUUUAUUUCUAGUAAAAGUGAAAUCCUUGAAAGAGUGCUUCUUCAUUCAAAUAAAAAAGGGGCUUUUGAAGUUAAAACUCAACACGUAGAUGUGGAUUUAAAGCGUUCUGGGUGCAGUUUUUCUGUGUGCUUUAUGAGUUGAAUCUACUUGAGUAUGGACUCGAAAAGCUUUUGGAGACUUUUGAUCUGGAAUGAUUUUCCCUCUGUCUGCGUAGGUUUUCUGGAGGCAUUAGGCUGCGUGCUUCUCUUGCAGGUAUGCUGUUCGGGGGGCGGAGGGGGCAAGUAUUCAAAACACGUGAGCAAUUUUCCUUAGGUGAAGGAUCAUUGCAGGUUUAGAUCCCGCUGUUAUUAAUGGCACUCCUGUCAGCUGCCAUUUAAUUUUCUAAAUGUCAGAAUUCCUGCUUGCAGAAUACGCUUUUCUACGUCUCGAUGUGACCUUUUCUCAGAGGCCUCAAGCUUCUUUAUGUCUUGAAGUCUGGAUGCAUCCAACAAGACGCUGCAGGAUGAGCAGGAGGAGUGGCCGUUGCAGCGAAGUCAUACCAGCGUUCAUUGUAAAACAUCAUUUUCAGCUGCAUAUGCUGAAAUUUUCAUGCAUAUGCAUGAAAGCAUGUGCUUUCAAUGAAGGAGGAGUUUUCUUCUUUUCCUAGAAUCAUAGAAUGGCAUGGGUUGGAAUGGAUGUCAAAGACCAUCAGCUCCAGCCCCCCUGCCGCAUGCAGGGCUGCCAACCUCCAUAUCUAAUACCAGACCAGGCUGCCCCGGGCCCCAUCCAACCUGGCUUUGAAAACCUCCAGGGGCAGAGCAUCCACAGUCUCUCUGGGCAGCACUCUCUUGGUAAAGAACUUCCCUUCGAUAUCCAACCAAAAUCUUCCCUCCCUCAACUUAAAACCAUUAUCUACCCUUGUAAAGAGUUGACUCUCCUCCUGUUUGUAGGCUCCCUUUAGGCACUGGAAGGCUGCAAUGAGGUCUUGUCCUUCUCCCACCAUCCCUAUCCCUCCAUCCUCCCUCAUCCCCUGUGUUCAUUCAUGACCAAGGCUGUGUUGGGCCUUUUUAUGUUAAGAUAUGAGAUUGGCAGACCGAGAUUGCAGAGUUACAAGCACAGAGACUUCUGAAGCAGGAGAGAGACAAAGGUGAGAAUCUUCCCACUUGACACGGAAUUAAUCUGUACUUAGAAGCAUGUCUUGUUUGAUCCUAGAGAAAAGUAGCUGGGUUCUGGCUCUUACCCUGUGUGAAAAUUGAGCUGUGACAUGUAAUUAUAAAGGUUUUCAUGGCGCAGGGCGAGCCUGAGUCUGGGCAGCGUGGGGCAUUUUCCACUGGCAGUCCUUUAGGAUUGCACUCUGUGCAAUCUUCAUGUUUCACAGAGCUAAAGACCUCAUUUUGGAGUGAGUGAGUGCUGUGUGGUAAUUAGGGAAGUAUGCGUAUUUGUGUGCUAUAGCUCUGAAAUGCUAGAAUAAUAAAUAUUUAGCUUAUGUGCUGGUGAAUUUGAAGAGGAGAAUGUCAGUCUCAGCUGCGAUUAGACAGCAAGUAGGCAGUGCUGCUGAUGCAUCUUCAGAGAGCCCUGUGAGACAAAGUGCCCUGCGGUGCACUCAGUGUGCAGAAUGAUGGCAAAGGGAUUGAAGUUGCAGAGUCCAAUGGGAAGAUGGGAGCAGAAGGCUGAGCUCACUCUUCGGUGCGCCCAUACCUGAACUUAAAGAAAACAUUGGUCACCCUAUUGUAGCAGCAAGGGGGGGAAGUAAAUACUCCUUGGUUGCUGAUAAGACUGGUUUUUUUUCAUGUUUUAUUUUCCUUCCUCAUUCUCUACGUGCCUUCCAAUUCCCCAAGCAAAUAAGGUGUGGGUCCUCCUAGUGCCUUGCUGGAUGCAUAGCUGCAUCAUUCUCUGCACUUUACGUGUGUUCAGAUAUGAAGCAGUGCAUGCCAUACGUAUUCGAGUUCAGUGCUAGUUGUGCAACUGGGUAUUACUUUGAGAUGAUCAGGUACUGCAUUGCUUUGGCUCACGUUCUUCGGAGGGAUGCCCAACAGAUGAACAUUGCAGGUGAAGUUCUUCUUUGGGUUGGCUGCCACAUUUCACGCUGGAAGGUGAUGGAGGUGCAUUCAUUCUUGCUAUUUUUUGUUUUGUGUUUUUUUUCCACUUUUUUUGUCCCAAAGUAGCUAGUACGCAUGCUGAUCUGGUCAAACAAUGUGACCCAGUUGCUGUGGUCUGCAGGGUGUGGCUGCACAAGGUUUGCUGGCUGAGCUGGAAAAGGGCUAAUUAUAGAGACAGACUGGGGAAGGAAGGGAACAGGGUCAAUUAGAGCAUCCAGCACAGUUUCCUUUAAAUUACUAGUUGAGCUGGAUAGAUAAAACAAUAAAGACACAUGGAGCGAGAUUUCAAAUGCUCUUCUGGAGUCGUGUCAGCAUCUACAGCAGAUGAUAUUUGCAAUUUCGGUUGAGUUUGUAAGUAAGGAACGUGUUGAAUUAGUAGUUCUGUUACCAGCCUUGCCAAGUGGAGCUGAGAAGACCGACAAGAUGUUGGUACUGCUGUUCCUUCAGUAGGGUUUUGAAUAGCAGUAGGUUGGGACCGUGGUUUGAGCGAGGCAAGGAAAUGCGCUGCCCUCAGCUGAUGAGUAACAGGGACUUGGCGUGAUAAAAGAACCGUGUGAUGGUUUUCAGUCUAAGAUGCAGUAUUUCAGAAAAAAAAAAAAGACUACUUUCAGCCAUAUGUUUUCUGUGAAUGGAAAAUGGAUCAAUCUGGGACGCGUUUUUGGCCCUAUUCUGAGAGCAGACUGGGACUACGCUUCCUUUUGUUGAGGUUGUCUUUGGGACCCAGAAGCUUCUUUCUGGUUUUAUGUAUGAACCGACUCAGGUUAGGGGGAAUAGUAUUUAAAGAGGUGAUGCAGAAGCAGUAUGAGCUUUUGGCUUGUAGUUCCGCAGGUGUGGAAUGCAAUAAACUCCUAUGCAGACUGGAAUUCAUACAAGUUGGUAAAAGCCCUUUGGACCUUUAACACCCUCUUGUCUCAAUUUUUCUCCUUUUAGGAAAAAAAAAAAGUGCUGCUUGGCAGACCCUCCCCGUCUCUGCGGUGCGUUUCUCUUUUUCUUUUGCUGGUCUGCAGCAUGCAAUUACUCAGAAUUGCUGUGCAGGAAUGAAUAUGGCAGAGUGAGGAGGAAAAGCGGGGAGAAAAUGCAAAGUUCUGUUCCUGCUUUUCAAUCCAGAUUGGCAAGUUCCUUCUGCUGGUGCUGUGACUCAUCCCAGGCUUCCUUGCUGGAGGCGACUGCUGGCAGUGCAUCAAAGCACCAGCCCGUGCUUUCAAACCGGAGUUAACCAGGACUUUUCCUUGAGCGAGGGCUGUUUUUCUUGUCCUGGAACCUUUCAUGUGCAGGAUGAGUCCGUCUCUCAGGGAAAUUCUUGAUAAACUCUUGGCAAUUUGUCUCCAGGAGGAGAAGGGCUUCUCUUGGCAUCUCUGAGCGAGGCGCGUCUUGUCCGGAGCAUCCUGCCCACCUGGGGGCGGGUUGGAAGAGCACCGCUGAGAUCCGUGAGGACAUCACAGCAUGGCUUUUCUGUUUCCAAUUUCUUGUGUUUGUAGAGCUCGUGUUUAGGAUUUUAGUUCAAUUUCCAAGCUUAGUGUGUCAGGUUUCUUUUUCUAUUGCCUUUUCCUGAAGGUACAGGUAUAGAUGCACUCUCAUCAGGGCUACAAUAACAGCAGAGGCUUUUCCCAUUCUCUCCUUCGUUCUUCUGGUCAAACUAAAAGUAAAGAUGCUUCUCUCUCAUUGCAGUUAAAACCAAGAUUGCUUUGAACCUUCCAAACAAUAUGUGUUUUUUCAUAAGCUUAUCUAUCCUGAGCAAGGCGGCUUGAGAGUGUGAGCAGCUCCAUCAGGAGGAACUUAACCAUGAUGCCACCAGGGAGAGAAGCAGCUGGAGCCAGUUACAUCCCAGGGGCUCUUAGAGAAGAAAGACAGUACCUGUUGCAAACAGCUUCAUCAUUUCAGGUGCACCCAGAGGGGCUGUCAGGAGGGCGGUGAGACAGCAGCGGGCGGCUUCAGGUUGGCGUGGGGUCUCGGCCCACCUGCAGCCCUCACUGUGGGAUUUUGUUUUGUAGGUGUCAUGCAAAGAAGGGAAAAGCUUGGGAGAAUGUGGAAAGGAUGCAUAAAUGUUUAGAGGCUGCUUCUCUGGAUGUGUGAAGGGAGACUCUUGGAAAGUGAUGAAAGCGGGCGCUGUUUUCUUCUUAAUGGGUUGGGAACGGAGAUUGGCAUCCUGAGCUGGCAGAGGAGUCACCCUCUUGAUUGUGAUCUCAAGUUAUACAAGAGGAAGAGCCUUAAAGCUUUCUGGCAAGUUGAGACGGGAUGAGGUUGCUGUGAUCAGAGGGAAACUGCUCCUGCAGCUGAGGUUAGUGCUUGAGACAGGAGUUCUACGAGCGUGGAUGAAAAGGAAGAGCAUUUAUCUUCACUGUUUUGUGUGCUAAGGGGAAAAAACCAACCAACCAACAAACCCAACAAAUAGGUAUGGUUUUAAGCACUGGCACUCUGAGGUGGUUUCUUAGCUCCAAAACCCAGUCUGUGCUGAUCCUCUUUACCAGCAAGACCCGUUUUUUUUUUUUUUUUUUUUUUUACUGUUUCAAUUAGGUUAGCCCUCUCAAUUUUGUUUUUUCAAGUGAUAUUUUAACUGCAGGAUGGUUCUGAUUCCUCUGCUGCUGCCACGCUGCACGCACAUUUCUUUCCUUCGCCCACAUCUUGAUUGUUUCCUCUGCGUGACAGAGUGCACAGCACUGUGCUGCUUGGGAGGGCUGUGCUUGUGCAUCACCUUCUGCUUCUGAUAGUGUGCAAUCCCUGCACUUUUGGAGGGCUGCCAUUAUAAUCACAGGUAUAUGCAUCACCGUUUCAUGUUUUUUUUCAGACGGUGUUCGUGUGUUGCGCUGUGCAUUGCCUCUCCUUUGUGCUGUGCUCCGUUGUUUUGGGACAAUUAGGACAUUCUCAAACCAACUGUUUUGCUCUGUCAUUAAAGCAUCACGUUUUAGUGUAGGUCUGUUUCCUGCAAGGAGCAACACGGUGAUUGGCAGCAACAGCAAUGAAGUUCUUUCCCACGUGCCUCUGAUCUGUCAGCACAACUGCUGAGAAGUGUUUGAACAAGCAAGAGAGAUCUCUGCAUUGCUGAGUUCCUGAGCAGUGGUAUUUUUACACUGUUAGCACAGAACGCAGUAUGAAGUUGGUGGUGUUUGAAGAUCUGCAGUGACAAAGCGUGUGCCUUCCUGGGAGCUGAGUCCUGUGAGAAGUCAGAUGUUACUUCUGUGGCUCAACCUGUGGUUCUCCUACUAAUCAGUUGCUGAAGUAAUGGUUUAGUGUUGAUAGCAUGAUGACCUGACAACGUCCAGGCCCGUCCCCGCUAUGCAGUGCAGGUACUGAUGGGAAAGGAUCCAAUAUGAGUGUGAAUGAUGUUGGAGGCAGACGACGCUUUGAAGACAGCGAGUACACCUUGCACAUCUACCCCGGGAGCAUCGCCGAAGGGACGAUCUAUUGCCCCAUCACCGCCCGGAAAACUUCCACUGCUGCCGAGGUGAUCGAUUCGCUCAUCAAUAAACUCCAGCUCGAGAAAACAAAAUGCUACGUCCUCGCGGAAGUGAAGGAGUUUGGUGGGGAGGAAUGGAUCCUCAACCCCACCGACUGCCCGGUCCAGCGCAUGAUGCUGUGGCCUCGCAUGGCUCUCGAGAACCGAACGAGUGGCGAGGAUUACCGCUUCCUCCUGCGGGAGAAGAACCUCGAUGGGUCCAUCCACUACGGCAGCCUGCAGUCCUGGCUGCGGGUGACGGAGGAGCGCCGCAGGAUGGUGGAGCGGGGCUUCCUGCCCCAGCCACAGCAGAAGGACUAUGACGACUUGUGCGGCCUGCCUGACCUGAACGAGAAAACGCUCCUGGAGAACCUCCGAAACCGCUUCAAGCAAGAGAAAAUCUACACCUACGUAGGCAGCAUCCUCAUAGUUAUCAACCCGUUCAAGUUUCUACCUAUUUAUAACCCUAAGUAUGUCAAAAUGUACGAUAACCACCAGCUGGGCAAGCUGGAGCCCCACAUUUACGCUGUGGCGGACGUGGCCUACCAUGCCAUGCUGCAGCGCAGGAAGAACCAGUGCAUCGUGAUCUCAGGAGAGAGCGGCUCGGGGAAGACGCAGAGCACAAACUUUCUGAUUCAUCACCUCACUGCCCUCAGCCAGAAGGGAUUUGCUAGCGGAGUCGAACAGAUUAUUCUUGGAGCCGGACCAGUGCUUGAGGCUUUUGGAAAUGCAAAGACAGCGCAUAACAACAACUCCAGUCGCUUUGGCAAAUUUAUCCAAGUGAACUACCAGGAGACGGGCACUGUGCGAGGAGCUUAUGUUGAAAAGUAUCUGCUGGAAAAGUCCAGGCUCGUCUACCAGGAGCACAACGAACGGAACUACCACGUAUUUUAUUACCUCCUGGCAGGAGCGAGCGAAGAAGAGAGAUCGGCAUUUCAUCUUAAGCAGCCUGAGGAGUAUCAUUACCUCAACCAGAUGACAAAGAAACCCCUCAGACAGAGCUGGGAUGAGUAUUGCUAUGACUCUGAGCCGCAGGAUUGCUUUUCCGUUGAAGGGGAGGACCUGAAGCACGACUUUGAGCGCCUGCAGCUCGCCAUGGAGAUGGUGGGCUUCCUUCCCAAGACUCGCAGACAGAUUUUCUCUCUCCUGUCUGCAAUACUACAUCUGGGUAACAUCCGUUACAAAAAGAAGACCUAUCGGGAUGACUCCAUCGAUAUUUGUAACCCUGAAAUACUGCCCAUCGUGUCAGACCUGCUGGAGGUGAAGGAAGAGAUGCUGUUUGAAGCCUUGGUUACCAGAAAGACAGUGACAGUGGGAGAGAAGCUCAUCUUGCCCUACAAGCUAGCAGAGGCUGUGACCGUGCGAAACUCCAUGGCGAAAUCAUUGUACAGUGCCCUCUUUGACUGGAUAGUUUUCAGAAUUAACCACGCGCUCCUGAACUCCAAGGAUAUGGAGGAAAGCACCAAGACUUUAUCCAUUGGAGUGCUUGAUAUUUUUGGGUUUGAGGACUAUGAAAACAACAGCUUUGAACAGUUCUGCAUUAACUUUGCCAAUGAGCGCUUACAGCACUACUUCAACCAACACAUCUUUAAGCUGGAACAGGAGGAAUACAGGGCAGAAGGGAUUAGCUGGCACAACAUCGACUACAUUGACAACUCCGGCUGCAUAAACCUCAUCAGCAAGAAGCCAACCGGCCUGCUCCAUCUGCUGGAUGAGGAGAGCAAUUUUCCUCAAGCCACCAACCAGACCCUGCUGGACAAGUUCAAGCGUCAACACGAAGGGAACUCCUACAUUGAAUUUCCAGCAGUGAUGGAGCCAGCUUUCAUCAUCAAACACUACGCGGGCAAAGUCAAGUACGGAGUGAAGGAUUUCCGUGAGAAGAACACAGACCACAUGCGCCCGGACAUCGUGGCUCUCCUGCGAAGCAGCAAAAAUGCCUUUAUCUGUGGGAUGAUGGGCAUCGACCCGGUGGCAGUGUUCCGCUGGGCCGUCCUCCGGGCGUUUUUCAGGGCAAUGGUUGCUUUUAGAGAGGCUGGCAAACGAUACGUUGAGAAGAAAACUGGGCAUGAUGAUGCAGUGCCAUGUGCGGUUUUGAAAAGUGUGGAUAGUUUUAGCUUUCUCCAUCACCCAGUUCACCAGAGGAGCUUAGAGAUCCUGCAGAGAUGCAAGGAGGAGAAGUACAGUAUUACUCGGAAAAGCCCGCGGACGCCGCUCUCGGAUCUCCAGGGAGUCAAUACCAUCAACGAGAGGAGCCAGCGGGAUGCCUUUGCUGUUGGCUGGAAUGGCCGGAUGGGGAUGCGGCACAGCAGGCUCGCCAGCCCCAGCUCCUUCCUGGACAAGGAUGGGAUAUUUGUGAACACGACUAACAGCAAGCUGCUGGAAAGGGCCCACGGCAUCCUCAUGCGAAAUAAGAACUUCAAAGCCAAACCCAAUCUCCCAAAGCACAUGCUGGAUGUGAAGUCCCUCAAGCACCUGACCAACCUGACGCUUCACGACCACAUUACAAAAUCCCUUCUCCAUCUCCAUAAGAAGAAGAAACCACCCAGCAUCAGUGCCCAGUUCCAGGCAUCACUCAACAAGCUGAUGGAGACUCUUGGCCAGGCAGAACCUUACUUUGUCAAGUGCAUUCGAUCCAACGCCGAAAAGCUGCCCCUGCGGUUCAGUGACAACCUGGUGCUCCGGCAGCUGCGGUACACAGGCAUGCUGGAGACUGUUCGCAUCCGCCAGUCGGGAUACAGCUGCAAAUACUCUUUCCAGGACUUUGUGAACCAUUUCCACGUCCUUCUGCCACAAGGAAUCAGCCCAUCUAAGCACAAUGUCCAUGAUUUCCUCAGGAAAAUAAAACUCAAUCCAGACAAUUACCAAGUUGGAAGAACCAUGGUUUUUGUGAAGGAGCGCGAGCGGCAGCUUCUGCAGGACCUGCUCCAUCAGGAGGUGCUGCGCAGGAUCGUGCUGCUGCAGCGCUGGUUCCGCAGUAUGCUCUGCAGAAGGCAGUUCCUGAACAUGAGGCAGGCAGCAGUGAUCAUACAGAGAUUCUGGCGUAGCUACCAGAGCCGAAAGCAAGGCAAGCCAUCACCAGACCCACUCGUGCUCAGCAAAGCUGCAGUUGUGCUCCAGACCCACUGGCGAGGCUUCGUGGAGAGGAGGAGGUUUCUGCAGAUGCAGUUUGCGGCCCAGCUCAUCCAGAGCUGCUGGAGGGAGCACCUGAAGCGGAGGCAUGAGGCGGCCACCAGCAUCCAGGCAGCCUGGCGGGGGCACCGCGCUCAGCGGCGGUACAGAGCCGGCAGGCGCGGGGUGGUCUGUUUGCAAGCAGCGUGCAGAGGAUAUUUAGCACGACAGAGGUUUAGAGCUUUGAAAGAGCAGAGGUUAAAAGAGAUGCAGCUGGAGAAUGGCCUGUCAAGUAGAGAAGAGGAUGGGCUGGAGGCAGAUGGGGCUUUGGAAAUCAAGGGCUCUGACCCAUCCAAGUGGGAGGAUGGCUCAUUUGAAGAAAGAGUGAGAGCCGUGGAGGAGCACAAGUCGCUGAUGGAGAAUAAUCGGGUGAAUCACUUGGACCUCCUGGACACUUCUGCGACGUCGUUGUACAAAAGGCACGAGAGAGCCAGCAGCCAGAGCGGGAUGGACACCGAAGAGGAAGUCAUUGUACGAGAGAGACCCAAGUCACUGGAGGAUCUGAAUCAGAAGAAAGUCGUUCGUGCAAAAAGAGAAAGCCGGAGAAUGCGUGAGCUGGAACAGGCGAAAUUCAGCUUGGAGCUGCUUAAGGUCCGGUCCACUGGUGGGCUGUCGCCCUCGGAGGAGCGACAGUGGUCUACCGAGCUGGUAUCUGAGGCACUUCAUUCCCCUCAGGGAACCCCAGAGAGCGAAAGCUCUCAAGGGAGCUUGGAGAUGUUAAGCUGUGAAGAUACCCCGAGUAAACCCGUUCCCCCAGUUUUAGAUGUUCAGCUGCUUCCCACUGAGACCCGGGACUCUUUGCCUAGCAGUCCUCAGCCUCACCUGCAGGACAAGUCUUUCUGCGCAGCGGAUGUGAACAGCAAUUUGUCCAUUUGCAGAAGGAUGCUUUCAGACUCUGAGCUGCCCGAUAACCGCACUGCAAAGGAGCACGUGGUGUGUGACCCCCAGAAUAUCUACAAGAUGCAUCCAAGAGAAACAUUCCUUUCUAGUAAUCUACCUACUUUCUACGUUCCACCACAGGAUAUGAAGGUAAAGCAGUCACUGGUGGAGAACAACUUGAAGAACAAGGCGAUGGAAAGAGAGGAGAAAACAGCUAUGUUCUCUGAGAUGAGGAAGGACUCGGAGCAAGACCAGGGCAAAGUUGUGGGAGGGGAGGAAGGGGAGAGGUCUCCUGCCAAGAGAGAGGAACGUGGGACAGCCACCGCAACACAUUCCCAUUCUCCAGACUCUGUCAUCAAGAGACUGGAGAAACUCAACGUGGAGAAGGAAGAACGACAAAAGCAGCUCCAGCUGCAGAAUGAGAGGGAGAUGAUGGAGCAGAUCCGACAGCAGAAGGAAAUUUUAGAGAGGCAGCGCAAAGCCUUCGAGCAGCUGGAGAAGCAAGGCAGGGUGGAGGCUUUACAGCGGGCUGAGCUGAGCAGAAUGAAGGACCCUACUCUGAAACCAUCCAAAAAACCCGACAGCCGGCCUCAGUCUGUCCUCAUCCUGCACCCCCAGAGCAGAGCGGAGCACGGCGUGGCCCCGGGUGGAACUCCAGCCUCAUCAGUGGACAUCAAAGGUCUCACCGUCGGGAGCAGGGGGGGCUCUCCGGCCCAUGCUGCCCCUAAGGACAGACCGGUCAGCAUGUUCAUGGAGCGAAGGGAAGGCCCGUCAGGAGCACUGCUGGAAUCACGGGGCAACCCCCGGCUGGCUGCGGACCCCAGGGAUGCCCCGGGCAGCCCCUUCUCUAGGAGUGAGCGCCUCCGGCAGCCUCGGGUGCCCAGCCAGCCCAGCGAGGAGAUGCGGGCAAGCGCCAUGUUCUUCACACCCAGAGACAAUCCCUUCGGGCUCCACAGGGAAGCAAGCCAUCAAUGCCUUCCCAAGGGUGAGCUGGCUCGGAAGCCAUUUAAGAUGCCUGGGUCUGGCCGAGGAGAGGUUCCCAGACCGACCCAUAAAAAGAAAGCCCGCAUGGCGCGGACGCGCUCCGAUUUCUUGACUAGAGGUACUUUUGCUGAUGGGGAGGGGGAUACGGAGGAAGAUGAUUACGAUGGCAAUUUUGAGUUCCUCCUCUCCUCUGACCUACCUCCUCACCCCGAGGCAGGGCCUGCGGCCCGGCUCGGCCAGGCCUGUUACAGUGACUCCGAAAUGACAGCUCAGCGAUUCUCCUCGGGGGAUGGCCAACCAAAGCUUCACAAAACCAUGUCUCAGGGGGAGAUCGGGAAGCUGGCGGCCACGCAGAAGCCCCUUGCCCCAGAUGGGAGGUCUCAACGAGCCAAGAUGAGAUUUUGGGUGAAGGGAAAGCAGGGGGACAAGAAGACCCCUCGGGAGAAGCUUGCCACACAGUCUGAGCUGCUGGAGCUGUAUCCUGAGCAGGAGGUGCCCAGCAGAGAGGUGGCUGCUGGCCUGCAGCUCGGUGAAGAGUUGGGUCCUCACCAUCUGACGCCGCCACGGAGCCCUGAGCUGUCAGGAAUCUACCGGAGGGAAUUUAAGGAGAACAAAGAGCCUUCUCCCAAAGUGAAACGCAAACGUAGUGUCAAAAUCAGCAACGUGGCUCUGGAGCCCGUGCAGUGGCAGAACGACUCACUGCAGAUCAUAACCAGCGCGAGCGACCUGAAGAGCAUGGAUGAGUUUCUCCUGAAAAAGAUGAAUGAGCUGGAUAAUGAGGACAGCAAGAAGGACACGCUGGUGGAUGUUGUGUUCAAGAAAGCACUGAAGGAAUUCCGGCAAAACAUCUUCAGCUUUUACUCCUCAGCAUUAGCGGUGGAUGAUGGGAAGAGCAUCCGCUAUAAGGACCUGUAUGCCUUAUUCGAGCAGAUUCUUGAGAAGACCAUGAGGCUUGAGCAGAGGGACUGGAGCGAGUCUCCAGUUAAAGUCUGGGUCAAUACGUUCAAAGUCUUCCUGGAUGAAUAUAUGAUAGAGUACAAACCCCUGGACUACACUGCAGUGAAGGUGCCAAAAACGGAACGGAAAAAGAGAAGGAAAAAAGAAGCGGAUGUGGUGGAAGAACACAAUGGGCAUAUUUUUAAAGCAACUCAGUACAGCAUCCCCACCUACUGUGAAUAUUGUUCAUCCUUGAUCUGGAUAAUGGACAGAGCUUCUGUUUGUAAAUUAUGUAAAUAUGCUUGUCACAAGAAGUGCUGUCUUAAAACCACGACCAAGUGCUCCAAAAAGUAUGAUCCUGAGCUCUCAUCCCGGCAGUUCGGAGUGGAGCUCUCCCGGCUGACCAGCGAGGAUCGAGCUGUGCCGGUGCUGGUGGAGAAGCUGAUCAACUACAUAGAAAUGCAUGGGCUGUACACAGAGGGCAUCUACAGAAAAUCAGGGUCCACCAACAAGAUCAAGGAGCUGCGGCAAGGGCUCGAUACAGACAUAGAUAAUGUGAAUUUAGAUGACUACAACAUCCACGUCAUUGCCAGCGUCUUCAAGCAGUGGCUCCGAGAUUUGCCCAACCCUCUCAUGACUUUUGAGCUGUACGAGGAGUUUCUGCGGGCAAUGGGCCUGCAGGAGAGGAGGGAGACGGUGCGAGGAGUUUACUCGGUCAUCGACCAGCUCUCGCGCACCCAUCUCAGCACCUUGGAGCGCCUCAUCUUCCACCUGGUCAGGAUCGCUCUCCAAGAAGAGACCAACCGAAUGUCAGCUAACGCCUUGGCCAUCGUCUUUGCUCCCUGUAUCCUCCGCUGCCCCGACACGACGGACCCGCUGCAGAGCGUUCAGGACAUCAGUAAAACAACCACCUGUGUAGAACUCAUUGUCAUCGAGCAGAUGAACAAAUACAAGGCUCGCCUCAAGGACAUCAACAGCCUGGAGUUUGCUGAGAACAAAGCCAAGAGCCGCCUGUCCUUGAUCCGCAGGUCAAUGAAACCCGUACUAAUUGCAGUUAGAUUUAUGAGCAUAACCCGCAGUUCAAUCCCGGGCAAAGGCCGCGUGCGGCGCGGCACCUACCCCAGCCCUACGUCCCCUGUGGCCAUGCGCCUGCCCUCCGUGUCUGACGUCCCCGAGGAGACCGUGAGCAGCGAGGAGGCCAUGGAGCUGGAUGUGACAGAGCAGCAGCAAGCAGCCAUGCAGCAGGAGGAGAGGGUGCUGACGGAGCAGAUCGAAAGCCUGCAGAAGGAGAAGGAGGAGCUGACCUUCGAGAUGCUGACGCUGGAGCCUCGCGCCUCUGAUGAUGAAACGCUCGAGUCGGAAGCCUCCAUCGGCACUGCCGACAGCUCAGAAAACCUGAACUUUGACUCCGAAGGAGCCAUCUCCGAUCGGUCGGAGCGAAGCGUAGCACUUAGCUCCCUGCGCCCCGUCAAGGCGGAGGGGCCGGGCCGGCUGCGGCGGCACCCCAGGACGCGGCCGGACGUUGCGGACACGCCGAACCCAUCCCUUGUCUCCUCCUCCUCCUCCUCCUCCUCCUCACAGUCGUCCACCUCCUGCCUGCCCCACCUGCCUCGCAAGCGCUUCCAGAUGUACUCCAAGUCACCCUUCUACCGAGCGGGGGCCCUGGGUGAGCCCCCCGAACCCCACUGCGACGAGCGGCCCCAGUUCACCACGCGCGGGACCUUCAACCCCGAGAAGGGCAAGCAGAAACUCAAGAGCGUGAAGAACUCCCCCCCGAAAACCAAAGAGCCACCAGAAGGGGGGCCGGGCCGCAAAAGGAACCCCGACACUGACCGCAGCGCCGGCCAGCAGCUCGUCCUGCUGGGGAGCAACGAGUUCAUGGUGUGAGACGCCAGGGUGACAACGUCCCCAUUGCCAUCAUCAUCACUGUCAUCCCCCGACCGCUCGGGCUCCGAGACGAGCGCUCCAUGCGGAAGCUGCUGGGGACGGGUUCAGCGGUGGCCUCAAUGAUGUGGGGUUGGGGCGGCCGGCGCGGGGACAGAGGGACAGACAGAGGGACGUCAGGGAAGGAGCUGCUGUGCCGGGUCCUCUGUGCUGGAGGAGGAGGAGGCAGUGGGAAGCAGAACGCCGAAAAGCACCGCGGUGUGCAUGAGCUGCAGGGCGCAUGGAGCGGUGAGAAGGAGGUCUGCCAAAAGGACUCAGCUCUGGUUGUUCUUUCUUAUUUCCAAUGUGCCCCCACCGCCCUCCUCUCGUGGUUGUUUAUUUUUAUUUUAUUUUAUUUUUCAGACCAUCAGUAUUAAAAUAAUAAUAAUCAAGGACUUACUUGAAGCUCUGUUUAUAUUCUGGUUUACUGGAGUUUAUUGUAAAUACUUUUUUUUUAUUGGUUGUGUUUUGUUGGUUUCUUUUUAAUAUUUUGCCCCAAAGAGGACUUUGUGCCAGGGCGAGGGGGUCGGUGGGCAGCACAGGUCCCGGCCAUCACCGCGUCUUCCACCACUGCUCCAUCGGGCUGUAAUUAGCAGGGCUCAGAAGCACUGCCUGCAGUAGCACUAAUGAGCGGCGCUCGCUAACUAUGGGGCCUGCUGGCUCCCGCUACAGCCGGGGGGGGGCUGCCUGUCUGUAGGAUAGGAGAGGUUGGGAGCCUGGGGACGCUGAUGGGAUCCAUAGGUGCUGGGUCUGCCCCUUUCUGCUCAGCGUUCUGGGCAGGCUGGGCUCUGAGCCUUUCCCUGGACACCUACAAAAAGAUGGAAAACACCAAUAACUUGAGUCUUCCUGCGUGUUUUCUGUUGGUUUCACUGGGGCUGGGGAUGCCCUCAGCCUUCGCGUCAGACCCAGCGACGCAGCCCCCUGUUCCCAGCCCCAGUGCCAGUGAUUUCAAGGGGUGUUUUAUUUAUUUGCCUUUCUGUUAUUUUAAUUUUUGUUGGUGGUGGUUGUUUUUGUUUUCUCUUUGGGUUUAAGCCACCCGGUGGUGUGGGGAGCACAUCAUCCCCACGCAACCCCCCCACGUUGGGAUGAGCCACAUCUCCCCCUCGCUCAGCGGAAGGGCCUUGUUAUUUAAAGAAAUCCCACCAAAACUAUCCUUCAAAACUCAAUUUUUAGGGUGAGGUCUCCUCCAAUAGAGCGCCGUCCCAUCCCACACCGAGCUCACCACGGCCCCGCAAGUGCAGCAGGGACGGCGCAUCCGGCUGACGCAUCACCUCCCUCUAUGUAUGUAAUAAUAUAUAUAUAUGAUAUAUAUAUUAUUUUGUAGAUAUCCCUCUCACUGGCAGGAUCUGAACUAGCAAUGAGCGAUGAGCCCCCAGAAGUCGGGGUGGUUUUAGCACGUCCCCACCCAGCACAGAGCCAGCACCCUGCUGCUCCCCGUGCCCAUAAGCAGCUGUUUUGGGGCACCAUGUUGGUUUUGGAAGACGAUCCGCUCCUCGUACCAAGUGAAUGUACUUACUACUGGAAAGGACGUGGGCUGCGUGUUGUUAAUUAUUAUUUUUAAUGGAAAUUUUUUAAAGUAAUUUAUAAGUAUGCCGAGUGUAAGUUAAAAAGGAAAAAACAAAAACAAAAAAAAAAACCCAAACCCACAGAAGUAUGUAUGGAAGAGGAUAUAUUAUCCUGUGUCACGCUCUCUAUAAAUUUUACCUGUUUAAAAGAAAAAAAAAAAAGUUUAAAAAAAAAGAAUGAAAGUGUAAUUAUAUAAAGGAGAAUGAUUUAUCUCUGCCCAGCGCCGGGGGCAGCCGGCAAGCUGUCGCGUCGCGUCCGCGCGUUCUCAUUAAUUUGUUAAUUAAUGUUGUUCCCUUCCCUCCUGCAACGAGGCCGUUGUUCUGUAUAAAGUGCAAUUCUGUGUAAUAUUUCUCCGGCGUGUUCCGUGUGGCUGUACAAAGCGGACGAGUGAAGCCCUCGCUUAUUAAAGAGCUGUAACGAGGA